AUGGAGGCGUAUGGGAUGGUGAAGGACGAGCUGAUCAAUGGCAUCGUCGCGGCGGGAGGAGGCGGAGGAGGGGUGCGGUACUGCGAGGCCGCGCCGCGGGCGGCGCCGGUGAUCGACGACGGCGUGAAGAUCAGCGUGAAGAGGAGGAAGAGGGAGCCUCCGGCGGGGUCCGGGUUGUCGGGGGUGACGGGCAACGGUAAAGACGGCGCCGGCGACAAGGCGGCCGGCGGCAAUGUGGCGGCGAAGAGGAGCUCCAGGUUCAGAGGUGUAAGCAGGCAUCGUUGGACGGGCAGGUUCGAGGCACACCUGUGGGACAAGGGGACGUGGAACCCGACGCAAAAGAAGAAAGGAAAGCAAGUCUACCUUGGGGCGUAUAACGAGGAAGAGGCGGCGGCGAGGGCAUACGAUCUGGCAGCGCUCAAAUACUGGGGACCCACCACCUAUACUAACUUCCCAGUCGUUGACUACGAGAAGGAGCUCAAGGUGAUGCAGGGUGUAUCCAGGGAAGAAUACCUAGCGUCAAUAAGAAGGAAGAGCAAUGGGUUCUCUCGCGGCGUUUCCAAGUACAGGGGCGUGGCGCGGCACCACCACAACGGGCGGUGGGAGGCCCGGAUCGGCCGGGUGUUCGGCAACAAGUACCUCUACCUCGGCACCUACAGCACCCAGGAGGAGGCGGCGCGCGCCUACGACAUCGCCGCCAUCGAGUACCGCGGCAUCAACGCCGUCACCAACUUCGACCUCAGCACCUACAUCCGCUGGCUCAAGCCCGGGGCCGCCCCCGCCGAGGCCCUGAGCGGCCUGAGCGGCGCGCCGUCCCCGUCGUCCACCACCACCGCCACCACGCUGGUCACGCCGAGGGACAUGGGCGGCCUCCGCCUCCUCCCGCCCUCGCGGAACUCGCUUUCUCUGCUCGGCGACGUGGGCUCGAUGGUGUUCGGCGGCGGCCCGUCGCCGUCCCCGUCCCCGUCCUCCACCACCACCGCGCUCAGCCUGCUGCUGCGGUCGUCCGUGUUCCAGGAGCUCGUCGCACAGCAGCACCAGCCGUCCGCGGACGUCGACGCCGACCAGGCGGCGGUGCCUGCGCUGGAGAACGAGCCCGGGGAGGCGCUGUACGGCUCCGGCGGCGGCGAGGCCGGCGAGGACGCGGCGUUCUCGUGCUCCAUGUACGAGCUCGACGACAGCUUCGCGCGCAUCGAGGAAUCCCUCUGGGACUGCUUGGAAACCUGUGAUCCAGCCAUACCAAUCUAGUCACCCAGUUCGAUCGCCUGCGCAAUAAGGAGCGUGGCUAUAGCUAGGAACUUGUGAGGGGGUAGGGCAAGUUCCUCGAGAUAGCCAUGGCCAUGGCACAUGCAUUAUGCAUGCUACGUAAUGACGUGGCCAGUUGAACUGCUAGCUAGAGAGAGGUAGGAGGAGACGUGUGCCUGGUUUGUUUGACCCGUGCUGCUGUGUGGAUUUGAUUCGGUCGUCGUGAGUGUG